AUGUUUUGGGUCGCGACGAAAAAACUGAACUUAUCUUCAAAGCCCACUAUACCAAGCAUAAAGGCGGGAGUUGAGGGAGCCAGCGGAAAUCACAGCGAAAAAAUUGUAGAAUUAAAAGAAAAGGAAAAUAUAAUUAAAGGCAAAUUUACCGAACUAAUUCAGGAAUAUUUUGAAAAAGGAGUUUUCGCAGCGUCCGAAGCACCAAAAAUUAUUCCCGCUAUUAAUGACAAAAGCUCAGAUUUUACUGAUUACAUUCGACUUUUACACCAAUUAGAUAAAUGUCUUGCGGCCGACCAAAAACAGCAGGAAAUUAUCGGUGAGUUGGAUAAACACUGUUUAUUGGUAGGUCAGAACCCAGAAAAUUAUGAUUAUCGAACAGUAAUUAAAAGUGUUCCCUAUCUAAAAUUAGAUAAUAAGUUAGUUGAAUUUGUUUGGCUUAAUGUUAGCGGUGGAAUAAAGAAAGACGACCGAGGAGAUUUAGAAUUUACUACUUUUAAAUGGGGCGGAAAGGGUAAUAAAACUUCUUUACUAAUUGAAUCAGAAUUUACAUUUACUCCUAAGGAUGGUUUGGGUGUUGAGGAAUUAAAUGAAUUGAUAAAUAAGGAUGGUUCUCUCAAUAAUGAAAAAUUAACCGAGUAUAAACAAGACAAAGAAAAUUACGAAGCAAUAAAAGCAUUAGGAAUAACCAAGGAAAACGCUCAAACUUACAAAGAUGCUUUGAAAGAAAUCGAAAAUCAAAUUGGAAUUAAUCCGCUGACUGAAAACGGAUGA